AUGUGUCAGUCUCACACCAAUAACUGUGGAUUUCUGCUUAGAGUCCCGUUUAUCGAAAAGUCGAUUUCAUUGUUGGCUUCCCACUUACCUGGAAAACUCUGCAAGUGUUUCCUUGGCUACAACCCUGUUGUGACUCUCAAACCUUUCCAAUCAUUGUGGGCCCCACUACUCUGUCUGUUCGGGCAUCUUUGUUUGUUAAUUAUGCAGACAUUUUACCCCACGGAUAGCACGUUCUUCACCGCCCUGGAUGUUAUGCUUGCUCUUAUCAGUGCAAGCCUCGUCGUCACCAAUCAAUCUCUUAGGUUGUUUAUCGCUCCCAGUCCGUUCGGUCUUGGUGUGGCGAUCGCCGCCAGCUUCCUCCUUCUCGUGUGGCUACUCUACUCUAAGGAUAUUUUUUUGAGGCAUCAAUGGAAAUCCACUACACCUUGGUCAGUGGCAUCAACACCAGCCGCACGUCCGCCGUCUUCCCCCUUGGCUUCGGUAGCUUCGCUCCCAUCAUCAUCUGAGGAUUUUUUGGCCCAAUGGAUUCCAAUCGAUAAACUCUCACUGAAGCCCUCUGUUUCUACACCGUCCUGUCAAAACCCUCCUUCCUACUACUCAGCAAUUUUUUCCCCUUCUACGCUUACGACUUCGGUGGUUGCAGGACACCAAAAGUACGCUUGUACACCAAGUGCGAUGUCAGCCUACUCCGCCCUUAAUCCAGGCCCGCCAGCGACUCAACAAUAUGAGGAAGACAUGAUGAGUCAUUUUACUAGUGUCAGUCAACUGGGUUUUCAGCAGCGAAAGACGAAAAGACAACGCAGGAAGCAAAAACGACCAGUUGGGUUUAUCCGGUGGUUGUUAUGCCUUCUAUUUGGACCUCUUGAUACAUGGGCUGAUGUGAGAGCUGAGAUUUUCUGUCUAUCGUACGCUGUUUUCAUAACGGUUCUCUUGAUUCUCGUUUACAACUUUUUUCUGUUGCUUUAUCGUUUUCUGGCGUUUGUGUGA